ACUUCCACUCAACAUCACAUCAUUCAUUGAAUCUUUUCAACCUUCAUCAACCACCAUCCACAUUAACCAAUCCCAUAACUCUCCCUCAUCUUUCGAGUCUUUUACGAUUACGCGCUCUGGGUAUUUGUUUUAUUUCUUCGACAAAACCAAUCCACCGUCGGAGUCGCGAAUAUGGGUGACGUUCUCGUAGAAAACCCAGCCAACAACGUUGCACCGCAUAACAAACCCAUCCCGUCAAACAUCCCAAACGUCGAGACCAUCGAGGGUUUACCAGCGCAGGGUGGAGAUGAAUAUGCGGUACUAAAAAAGUUACAGAGACACCUGGAAUAUAUCCAACUACAGGAGGAGUACAUCAAGGAUGAGCAAAGGAGUUUGAAACGCGAACUCGUUCGAGCGCAAGAGGAAAUCAAGAGAAUUCAGAGUGUGCCGUUGGUCAUCGGCCAGUUUAUGGAAGCUAUUGACCAAAACACCGGAAUAGUCCAAUCUAGCACAGGAUCUAACUACGUUGUUCGAAUCCUAUCCACCCUAGAUCGUGAGAAGUUAAAGCCAUCAUCCUCCGUCGCCCUGCACCGUCACUCCAAUGCCCUCGUCGACAUCCUCCCCCCGGAGGCCGACUCCUCCAUCGCCAUGCUCGGCGCCGACGAGAAGCCCGACGUGACAUAUGCCGACGUUGGUGGUCUGGAUAUGCAGAAACAGGAAAUCCGUGAAGCUGUCGAGUUGCCCUUAACACACUUCGACCUGUACAAGCAGAUCGGUAUCGACCCUCCUCGCGGUGUGCUCCUCUACGGCCCUCCCGGAACGGGAAAGACUAUGCUUGUCAAGGCUGUCGCCAACUCCACGACUGCCAACUUCAUCCGCGUCGUCGGCUCAGAAUUCGUACAGAAGUACCUCGGUGAGGGUCCUCGCAUGGUCCGCGACGUCUUCCGCAUGGCCCGCGAGAACUCGCCCGCCAUCAUCUUCAUCGACGAGAUUGACGCCAUCGCCACCAAGCGUUUCGACGCCCAGACCGGUGCCGAUCGCGAGGUCCAGCGUAUCUUGCUAGAAUUGCUCAACCAGAUGGACGGUUUCGACCAGACCUCCAACGUCAAGGUCAUCAUGGCCACGAACCGUGCCGACACCCUCGACCCCGCUCUUCUACGUCCCGGCCGUCUCGACCGAAAGAUCGAGUUCCCCAGCCUGCGCGACCGCCGCGAGCGUCGUCUUAUCUUCUCGACCAUCGCUAGCAAGAUGAGCCUGGCCCCCGAGGUCGACCUUGACAGUCUAAUCGUUCGCAACGAUCCCUUGUCCGGUGCUGUUAUCGCCGCCAUCAUGCAGGAAGCCGGUCUCCGCGCCGUUCGUAAGAACAGGUACAACAUCAUACAGGUCGAUCUCGAGGACGCCUAUUCCAGCCAGGUCAAGGGUACCAGCGAUGAGAACAAGUUCGACUUCUACAAAUAGGCGGAAGAUAUCGCGCGACUUGGCUCCUUGGGGCUGGCUCUUGGAUUAGAUUCGAGGCUCGGGAGAGGAAGAAAAGGAGGCCGUUGCGGGAUACACUUCGGGUACCCUUUGCUCCGAUCUUGCUCUGGUAGGAAGGGUUCGGUGGAAAUAGAGGCGUCAUCCCCUUACGAUUACGAUAGGGGGUGGCCAGGUGUAUAACUGUAACAUCAUUAUCAAUCAAUACAAAGGGACUAAUCACGAAUUUACUUUUGCACAUUGCUUUUGUUUUGAAUCCUAC